AUGCAAGAGAACAAAUCUCCCACAUUUUCCCGUUUCAGUGCUCUCUCUCCUUCACAUCCUCUUCCAUUAUUCUCAGCUGAUACUUGUCCCUCCCCAACCCCAUCACAGUCCCACCCGUGUCACUUCAUUAUCAACCCCAUUCCUAUCCCCGCCACAUUCAAAUCGUUCAUUGCCUUGUCACUGCUGCUAUACACGCACAAGAAAGACGCUACGAACAGGAUGAUAGAAACCGAAGAUUAUUUUCUCCUCCUUUCUCUAUCCAUUUCAUUGUUUUGUCUUCUUACAUUAUUUUUUAUCCUCUCUUAUUUUCAUUUUUAUUUCCCACUUCUUUCUCUUGUUAUUCCUGAUCUCCGUUCUUACUUCCAUUCUUCGUUUAUCCCACCCCCCUCAUUUUUGUACUCUUUCUUUUUCUCUUUCUUUCUUUCUUUUUAUUUUCAUCUUUUCCAUCUUCUAUUUUCUUACCAUUUCCUUUUUAUCUACUUACUUUUCUGCUUUUCUCCUCCAUUUACUUCUGUCACUUCACUGUCAGCAGUUUCCGACAACGUUCUUAUUGUUGCCACACGUCUGGUGUUCUUUUUGUCUCUCAAAAACCCUGUAAUACUAAAUUCUUUCUUUCUUUCUUGUUUUCUUUCUUUCUUCGAUGCAUCGAAGUCUCUGCUGACAACUAUCGACUGA